AUGGAGGAUGAAGAAGGGCCUUUCGCAAGCCUAAUGAAGGAGCCACCGGUAGCAUCUGGAAAGGCCAGCAAGAUUUCUGACCAUGAAGCCAAUAAGGCGUCCGGGCCAGUGGAAACAGAAGACUAUGCAAGCAGUCCGGUCACUACAGCUGGCGUGAGCCGAGAAGCCCAGGAGCACGGCGCAGGGGAAGAAGACCCGGACAUAGACAUGCUGCUGUUUGGGGGCGACCACCUAUACGAGACAGCGAACGAGGAUAAAGCAGCUGGUGAUGAUCUAGAGCCCGACAAGGAGCUGGUGGAUACAGAGGUAGCGCAGGACCCUUUCGCCGCUGUGCCAGGAACCACAUCCUUUACCUUCAUCCAGACGACGCUGGAGCUUCUGAGCCGCGGGAAGGUUGCCAAAAAGUUGGAUGCAUCCAACAACUUUGAAAUUUCAUUUGAUGUGAUUUUGCGGGAGACAGCCAGAGAGCGCAGGGGCUUAGCACACUUCUCUGUUGGGGGGUCCACCACCAGCCAACUUCCACGGAUUUGCCUGGCGCCAGGUUCUGCCAGGUUGUUUUUUCUUCUGAGGCAUGGCCCUUUCCGGGCAAAACUGGCAACGUCUGCGAUUCCUCUGAAUCAAACUGUUCGAGUUGUCUUUCGACUUGUGCAGCAUGUGGCUACCGUUCUGGUGGAUGGUCAGGAGCAAGACAUUGCCUCAGCAGAUGGUCUGGAAGUGCCGGUCCCAGGCAAGAUGUUUGCAUAUUUUGCAGGUCCAGGCGAUGUUGCAGCGGAAGCGAUGCUGGGAAAUGCGGUGUAUCGUUGGCGCAAUUUCGCUUUGAGACCUGCAGUUCAAGCAACAACCAUACUUGAGCUGCCGCCAGAUGAGAUACAGUUGAUGUUAGAGGUGACAGAUGAACUGAAAAAGGCGAAAAAGUGGGCAAAAUUCGAUGGCUUCUUUGGCAUAAUCGUGUUUGCAAACGCCGUGUCCAUGGGCAUUCAGACAGACUGCGGAUGUGAGAGUGACGUGAUAUGGCAGAUUUUGGACAAUGUUUUCCUUGUUGCCUUCAUGACGGAGUUAAUCCUGAGAGCACUCAUCACUGGCCUGCGCCCGUUUGGUGUUCAGCUGCUCCAUGAUCGUUGGCUGCAGCUUGAUGUGAUGGUUAUCUCCUCCAGCAUUGUUGAUACUUGGGUUUUGGGCGAACUCGGCAGUGGCGGAGUGUUCGCCCUCGCUCGAUUGUACAGGCUGCUGAAGCUUGUGAAGAUGGUACGCUUACUUCGCACUUUUCGUCAGCUGGCCAUGCUGGUGGAGGGUAUUCUUAGCUCCUUGCAGACGCUGUUCUGGGCCGUGGUCCUGCUAGCUCUGAGCAUAUUCAUGUUCUCCGUGCUCCUAGUGAGGAUGGCGCAGUGGGAUUUACCUGCAGUCCUCAAUGCUUCGCUUCCAUUUGCUUCGCUGCCGACGGCCAUGUGGACCCUGGUUCAGCUUGCCACGCUUGACCAGUGGGUGGCUUUGGUUCGCACAGCUGCACUGCAGCUGGGUGGAUUGCACGGCGGGGCAAUUGCAGUUGUUCUGCUAGUUUGCGUCUGCUUAACUCAUCUGGGCAUUAUGAACCUUGUGGUCGGCAUCUUGUGCAACACGGCUUUUAAGCUCGAAUCUCGUCAAGUUCGCAUGGUCGAAGCUGAGCGGCUUCUGAAGCAGCAGGGCGCGCUCGAACUCUUCAGGCAGCAGCUGCUCAAGCAUGGCACGCAUCUGUUGAAAAACCCCAGAUACAUUGCAAAAGAAGAGUUUUUCGAGGCCCUGCAAAACAACAGUAUCAAGGAACUGGCUCAGAUUCUCAACCUCACAGACAAAGACUUCCAGCUACUGGUGUCUGCGUUCGAGGAAAACGAUGACAUUGAAAUCGAUGGCAUUAUUGAGGCGAUUGGAAUCAUUGAGCUGCAAUCAUACUUUGCCAUCAGCGUUGCAAGCAGUGUCAAGAAACACAAGGCGGUAACAGCCUUGAGGCCUGUUGACCUGCUGUUCUUUUGCAUAAGUUUGAGGCAGCUGGAGUCGUCCCUCGACAGAGUAGAGCAGAAUGGCCAAAGCCUGUGCGCCUUUGCAUAUGCUUUGAGCAUGGCACAGGAAUCCUCUACCUUUCUCAGGCUCAACCAUGACGUCAGCUUGGUUCCUCCAGUUUCGAAAAGGGAGUUGGCAAAAUCAUCACUAAACGUGAGAAAGAUGGAAGAGACUGCCAAUCAAUUCAACCUCGACACAGAGGAGCAGCAGCUGUUGAUGCCAAUCGACAUUCUCUUUGGCAGCGUAAUUGCCGUGAAUGGUGCAUUCGUUGGAGUUCAAACCAUGCAAGAUGACGGAAAUUUGCUCGUCUAUUGGAUUGAUCUCGGUUCACAUUCAUAUUCACAGUGGAAUUUAUUCUUCGUAGCCCGCUUCGCACACUUAAAGUCAAGAGUCCGAUGCUGGGUACUGCCACCGUGUCCACCUGGUGGCGUUGUGAGCGUUGCGUCUGCUACUUACCAGAGCUUGAAAGAGCUCUCGGUGCUUUUUGAUUUCACUAUUAUCGUGCUGUCCCUUCUGGAUUCUUUGGUUAUAGUGCAGCUUCGCAAUGCCGGGAUCCUGGAACUUGACACUUCCGCACUGUCAGUGCUGCGUGCCUUCCGUCUGUUCCGGUUGGCGAAAUUGCUUCGCAUCUUCAAGCUCUUUCCACAGUUGCAGAAGCUGGUCUUCGCGUUGAUAGAGACCUGGAAACAGGUGUUUUGGGCCCUUACGCUCAUUUUACUGCUCUUAUAUGCAUUCUCCAUAUACGCGGUGUCGAUGAUCGGCGCUGAUGCAUCCGAGGGAUCCACCUCAAAGUCUUAUUUCGGGACAUUGGUUGACUCCCUCUUGACAGGCUGGCAAGUGGCCACCUUUGAUCGUUGGGAUGAAGUACUGUAUACCUCCACUGACAACUUGCUCAACUUCAGUAUACUUCUGCUUGUUGCAGUUGUGUUGGGAUUGGGUUUGAUGAACAUGGCUGUGGGCGUUGUGUGCGAAGCUGCCUUGAGCUUACAGGCCAGGGAUGAUGCAGAGGUUCAGCGGGCUGAGCUGAUUGCUUUCUUGUCGUCAAUGAAAAAUCUUCAAGAAACUUGCAUGCGAGAACUUGGAGACGAUGCGCUUCCCACACACCUCAUGGAGGAGGCCAUUGGGUUGAAAAUGAACCCAGAGCGGCAUUCAAGUGCCAGAAACAGCGGCCUCAGCGACCAGCCGCCUGCAACUGCCGACCAAGUGGAUGAAUUCACAAAGGGUGCCCUUGUUACGAAGGAGGACCUUGCAAAGGUUGAGCUGUACGGGUGCACUGUUGCCUUGCGGGAGGUUAGGGCAAAAUGCCUGAAAAUGAACGAGUGCAUUGACAACAUUAAUGCAUCGCUGCAGCUUGUGUUAGACGAGAUCCAUCAGAAGCACCUAGCUGAUGAUCAUGUCAAGUCUGGCAUGAAAUCAGCCGAUGGCACGGGACAUGAUCCCAGCACUCUGCAGGUGGAAGCUGGGAAAGUGGUGACUGGCGAUCAGUCUUUGGGCGCAGGAAGUCUUCCACAGGUUCUCAACAUGGGAAAGCUCUUGGUCAGCGGCGGCACCGGGGUAAUCACGGUUCGCAAGGAUGAAGUUGUUGGCUUCGGGACCAAAUUCAGUACUGAAGUUCAGGUUGGCGACGUCAUUCUGGUUGAGCCGCUGGUUGCUCAGAGAAGCUGUGAGACAGAGACAAAGAAGACCUUUGCCCUUACUGUCACCGACGUACUCUCCCACACACAGAUGAAGGCUUCAGCAUUCUUCACAGAAACAUUACCCGAGCGGAUUGUGUUCGUCAUUGCAAGGUUCGAGCGCAAGGUGCAGCCAAGCCACUCCAACGUUCCGCGACCUGCGACAAAGGCGCCUAAGCAGGAUUCAGACAAAGGCUUUCAGCGCUGGUUCGAAUGGGAACUUGAGACACAGCAGCUGGACAUUGUGAAGCUCCAAGAAGCAGAGGCACACAGCUCCGGCCUGCAAAGGCUGAGAGAUGAAGCUCAAAGAGAACUGUUGGCAGUUCUUCAGCGACCGCUUCUGAAGAUGUGUUUCGAGGCUUUCAAACCAGCAGCUCGAGAGAUAUAG